AUGCGGCCGCAAGCGUACUUGUCGCGCGCGACUUCGCCUGCUUUUAAUCUUGCAUGGGAAGACUUUUUGCUUAGGACAGCGCCGCAGGCAACCCCCGUCUGCUUUCUUUACCAAAAUUCGCCGUGCGUCGUGGUGGGCAAGAACCAAAAUGUGUGGGGCGAAGUGGACCCUGGCGCGAUGCGGCAAGGCGCUGUGCCCGUCGUUCGAAGGAAUAGCGGCGGGGGCACGGUGUACCAUGAUCUAGGCAAUACAAACUUUUCGUUCCACAUUCCACGCGCAGAUUUUGUGCGCAGCACACACACAGACAUGGUCGCACACGCGCUCGCAUCCCCGCCCAUUUCGCUCCCGCCGAGAUUUGCACGCCCUCCGGUUUUUCGGAACGAAAGGAACGAUUUGGUCGUGUACGCUGCAAAUGCAAGCGACGCACACCCCGAUGCGCUUCGCAAGAUAUCCGGUAGCUCGUACAAAAUUGCGGGACAGCGCGCAUACCACCACGGCACCUUGCUACUGCACGCCAAUUUAGCGCGCAUCCGCUACUUGAGGCGCACGCCGCGUGUUGCGAUGGAGUCGCGUGGCGUGGACUCGGUGCCGUCGCCGGUAGCGAAUCUACAAGAAACAUUUGCGGCGCACGCACCCAUGCUACAACACACGGUCGUAGCACGCGCGAUUUGCGACGCAUUCUUCGCUGCGUACGGCGCAGGGGACGUGAUAGAGGUCGACGAAACCGCGCUACCUACCACAGCACAAAGCGGGACACGCACAGAGUGCGCGCGCGCAAUCUUUGACGAGAUCCGCAGCUGGAAAUGGGUGUACGGCGCGAAUCCAGACUUGUGCGUACAUGUCGACGCCCAGGAGCACCAUUUUCCCCUUGCGCCGACAUUGGCGCUUGCCCUAAACGUGCAGCGCGGAACGGUGGCGCAUGUGCAUGCCACAGGCGUGGAUAGCACAUGCCGCGCCAUGCAAAGCGCCCUGGCAUCGUUGCACGGCGAGCGGUACGAUGCACUGGCCACGGCGCCGCCGUCCGACGUGCCGUUUAGCAGGUCAGCGCUGCGUGAUGGAUCGUCUGCACAGCGCGCCUUGUGGCAAUGGCUGCACACAGUCUUGUAG